CAAGAAGUGAGAAAACAAGUAAGUAGUCUUAAGCAGGAAGUGAAGAGCACUCAGCCUGUCCGAUUUUUAGACCCCAAUACCACCAGCAAAAUAUUGACGGCCUUUGGAGGAAAUAUUUUCACAGAGUUGUUUCGUACUUACACUCAAUCCCAACGUUUAAUUGUAGCUUAGUUUUGGUAGUGCUGCAAAUUUGAUCGAGCCUUAUGUCUCUGUUUGGUGAAUACCCGUGCAAAAAUGAAUCAGUCGCUCCAAUCUACAUCUCGUUUACUACGGCCGCUGUAUGUAUUCCGCUUUGUCUAUUUACCGUCGCUGGGAAUCUACUUGUUGUGUUGGCAAUCUUCACCGAUCCAAACAAAGAUCUAAAAUCUCCUUUUAACUACUUUGUGGCUAAUCUUGCCAUUAGCGAUCUUUUGGUGGGAUUCGUCGUCGACCCGAUUGCGGUAGUGUACCAUAUAAUGGAAGGAGUUGAGAGAAAACUACCACCUUUACCCUACAUUCACAUGCCGUACUUCAUUUCAUGCACAGCUUCUGUACUCAGUCUAGCAGCUUUGACACUGGAUCGAUAUUUGGCGAUAACGUCUCCGCUAACCUACAGAACACAACUGAAUCCUCAGCGAGCAGGUUUUGUGGCGGCUGGCAUCUGGGUAUUCUCAGUGAGUUUCCCUUUCAUAUACCUUGUCACGGGCUACCUUACAUAUUCAUUUGUCUUUCUCCACACAGUCGUAAUUGCAACCCUUUUAGUCAUCCUUCUAACGUAUCACAAGAUCCUUCGUGUAUUAAAAAAUCAAAUGAAACAAUGGGACUUGACGGAUCAGUCAACAGCGGACAAUCAGGCAAAGAGAAAGGCAGCAAGUUGGGAACAGAAAGUAACCAAAACCUUUAUUAUUAUAUUGUCUCUUUUCUUAGUCUGCUAUCUGCCUUCCUGUAUUUGCAUUUACAUUAUUAACUUAUGCAAGGUUUGCAGUUGUACACUUAUUCACUGGGCAAGAGAUAUUCCUCUUCUACUUAUCUUAGCCAAUUCAGGAGUGAACCCAUUUGUGUAUGCCUGGCGAUUUGAAAAUUUCAGGAAAGCGUUCGCAAAGCUUUUGAGGGACAGAAAGUGUUCUCGACAAGAAAGCCAAAUAACUUUAGCAUUUGACACCAUCACCAUACAGACGAUGGAAAAUUGUCUUAAAACAGUACCUAGUAAAAGGCUGCCGAAGGAUGGAACAGAAAGUACCUAACCUACUUAUCACUAUGCUGGAUCUCGUCGCACUGUAUCUUCAGUUGUGACUUUAUUCAGUAGGUUAAAGUUUUUAAGAUCUUCUGACGCGGAGAAAGUGCUAUGGUUAUUUUUGGCAAAGUUUGAAGAGUAAAACACGGGGGUAUGCUUUCAGCCUUUUUUUUUGUCACAGAUUUACAUAUUCUAACUGACUGGUCAAACAAUGUCUACAGCUGAGGUAAUAACCAUAAGGCACGGAAUGUUUCUUUAUAUGUCAUGAUCUUAGAUAAAGAAGAGGUGAUUCUAUUUAACAAUUGGUUCAUGCUUUAGCGUUUACUAUCGAGUUAUGCAAC